UCACAGACUACCCAGAAAGAUAAACAAAUAAUUUUUGUUCUAGUGAAUAUUAUCUUUUUUUAAGAAAUAAAUUUAUUGAUAUAUUUUUACCUGAUAGAUACUACCUAACAAACACCUAGAGAGAAGUUAGCUAACUAUAAGAAGGAGAAAGACACCAUAAGAUAAAGUAGAAGAUGAUAGUCAUCAUGAAGCAUGAUGGGGGGAAAUCAGAGGAGAAACACCACCAUUGCAUGAGGGAGUACUAAGGGGAUAGACAACAUGAGGCAGUGUUGUGAUAGAGUGACUCAAAGGAAUACAGCAAAGAUGGCAUAGCCAUAAGCGAAUUUAUAAAGGGAUUUUAACCUCAAGGACAUGACUACUAUUUCUGACAGAACAUAGCAAGGUGAGGCUGCCCCAAAGCCCCCAGAGGGUUGGCCUCAAGGGCUUGACAAAACUUGGAUUUUUUUGGCUGGACACAGCAAAGUGGGGCUACCCACCACAGGGAACCUCCACAGAAAGUGGGAACACUAAGUUAAACUGAUCUCCAAUUCCAUUCUAUUCUCAUCAGUAUCACCAUUUAAGAAGGAUAUUGAUGAACUGGAGAACAUCCAGAGGAGGGUACCUAGGGUUAUAAAGGCCCUGGUUCUAUGUCAGAUAAUAAUGGUUGCAGAAAGUGGGGAUGAGAGAAUGGAGGAAUGGAGAAUGGAAGACUCCUAAGGACAUGAGGGAAUGUUCAAAUAUUUGAAUGAUUGUUGUGAUACAUUCAUCUUGGACUCAGAGGGGAAGAACCAGAAGCAGUAAUUUGAAGUUGCAAAUAGGCAAAUUUAUGUCAGAAAAAAUAAAACAAAACAAAACUACUUCCCUACAAUCAGGAAUAAAUGAGGAUAAUAAAUAAAAGUGAAACAGACUUGUUCUAUUUUUAAAUUAAUUUUUUUAAUGAAAAUUCUCCUUUCCCUCUUACCUCUUCCCACUUCUAACACACAUACAUUGAGAAAACAAGAAAAACAAAAUCCCCAUUACAUAUCUAUGUAGUCAAACAAAACAAAUUCCCAUAUUGGCCAUAUUUAAAAAAAAUAAUCCUCUAAUAUGUGACCUCUCCAUCAGAAGGUAGGUAACGUGUUUUAUCAUGAUUCCUAUGAAAUCAUGGUUUGUCAUUCUUUUAGAGAUGAGGGGUUCCCCUUAAAGGUCUAUUUGUAUAUGUUAUAUAGCAUCAAUUUCUUUAAAAAUAAAUGGAUGUCAAAGUACCUUCCAGUUCCCAUUCUGUGAGUCUAUGACUUGGGUUAAAAUUACUGCUCUAUACUUAUUAUCUGUGAUAUCUGGGAAAAUCACCUCUCUUUCUCUCUCUUUUUCUCCUCAACUAUAAACUGCUGUGGGGGAAGUCCUUGGUAGAUCUUAAAAGCAGUAUUGGAAAGUUAGUUCUCAUAAUCAUUAUUGUAAACUUUGCUGUUGACAGUGAUACAGACAUAAUUUAUUGGUUUUAUAGAAAUGAAAUUUUUGCUUUUCCCCAAGUGGAUGGAAGUAAGGUGGGAUCUGAACGAAUAUCUGGGAUCCAUUCAUAUAAAUAGGUUCCUCAGUAGCCAGAUGUCAAAGUAAAUACAUAGAGCACCGAACCUGGAGUUAGUAAGACCUGAUUUCAAAUUUGAUCUCAGAUAGCUACUGGCUGUGUGCCAAUGGACAAGUCACUUAGCCUCAGUCUGCCUCAGUUUUCUCAACUGUAAAAUGGGGAUAAUAAAAGCAACUAUCUUCCAGAGUGUUGUGGGAAAAAAAAUUAGAUCACAUUUGUAAAAUGCUUAACAGCAGGAAAGAAAUGGUUUUUUACAAGAAAUAGCCUACUACAUAAUUGUUAUUUGUUAGAACUCAUCAGUACCCUCAAUGCCCUCCACCCCUCUAAUUGGAGGGAAGAUACAAGUAAGAGCUUCUAAAGCCUUCACUGAGAAGGGAAGCCAAGUCAGCCAUCUCUUCAUUUGAGACCUGGCUAUGCUCCCUUGGAUUUUCCUGAAUGCAUGCGCAACUACUUAUCCCAUGCUUCAAACCCUUCCUCUUUUAAGCUUCAUUUUGUAUGUUGUUUUUCCUCACUAGAUUAUAUGCUCCUUGAGGACAUGGACUCUUUCUUUUUAGUAUUUUCAUCCUUGGCACUUGGUAAGUUGCCUGGAAAAUAGUAAAUGCUCAAUAAAUGUUUUCCAAUUAUAAAGAAAAUCUAAUUGUCAGUGAAAAGUGCAUAAAGACUCAAGUUCUAGGUUCUUGAUUUUGGGCUUCUGUGGUUUGGGGCAAGUAUCAUCCCCUCUUGGAUUCAGUUUCUUCAUUUGAAAAAAAAGAAAAAUAACAUCAAUUCUGUCUAUUCUUAGGGUAAAAAAUGGAAAGCAUCAUAUAAAUAUAAGUUGUGAUUAUUAUUAUUACAAGCUGCUGUAGGGAAGCUGACAACAUUAAAGAUACCCCAAAUAGCAGGGAAGGCUCCCUAAAAUUGUAAACAUUCCUGGUCCUUUCAAUUAAAACAAAAAGUCAUACUAUCUCAGGUCUUAGAACAUGCUUUUAUUAAACAUUGACAAUAACACCUCAGCCACUGGAGAUAUAAACACAAAAGCAAAAUAGUUGAUACUCUCAAGGAGUGUACCUUCUUCAAGACCUAGAAAGUCUCCAACAGAAGACAGGACUUGAACUGAGUCUUGAAAGAAACCAGGGAUUUCAAGUAGUAGGGGAGAGACAUGGAAGAGAGCCAUUGAAAAAGGCACCAAGAAAGGAGGAGUGUUCCAUGUGAAGAAUAGCCAGACCAGUUUGGUUGAACCAUAGAAAGGAGUAAAAUGUUAAAAAAAAAAAAAAAAGGAAUCAUCAUGUGAACUUCAAAUUAUAUAAGAAUUUUUGAUCAUAGAGGUGAAAGAAUCAUCAAACCUAGGGGCCUGGAAAAUGACUUCCUUGGUUUUGUAGAGGAUUGUCGGAAGUGGGGAGACACCAGUUAGAAAGUUAUGGUAAUAGUCUUGACUGAAUAAGAAUUGUAGCAGUAAGAGCAGAGGGGGGGGGGGGGAACAGUGCAAGACAUGUUAGGGAGUUAAAAAUGACAAGAUUUGCAUCUCUUGAUGUAUGGGUUAAGGUAGAGCAAGGACUUCUAGGUUGCUGCCCUCAAAAGAGAAAAUUCAGAAGAGGGAUGGGCUCGAGUGGAAAGAUACUGUGCUCUGUUUUAGGUACAAAUUUGUGAUAUCAACCAGACGUUCGAAUUUGAAACGCUCAUAAACAGUUGGCGAUAAGAGACAGGAGCUCAGAAGACAGACUAGAGCUGGAUCAUUUCUGUCUCUCCCUCUCUCUGUCUCUCUCUCCAUAUUUGAGAUGGUAAUCCAACCAAAGAAAAUUGGUAAGAUCACCAAAUCAAAGGAUGGACGGAAAAGUUAGGACUUGACAUGGACAAUAAUCCUGCAAAAGAGACUAUUUAUUCAUUUAUUUUCAAGGAUUUUCUUUUCUUUUAUAUAUCCCCCAUAUUAUUAUUAAUACAUCAAAUUCAUUAAGGUUCCAUUAGGAUUUUAAAAGAGACUUUUUAAAAAGAGUGCUCAGACCUUAAAAAGAGUGGAGGAGAGCCAAAAUAGAUGAAGGUAGAAAGUCCCCACAGGGACUGAAGAGGUAAGAAGUGGUAAACUGAAUUAAAUGCUGUAGAAAAGCUAGAGCAUCAGCUUCUGCAUGAGAAUGGACCACUAAAUUCGGCAAUGAAGAACUCAUCGAUGACUUUAUAUAGAAUAAUAAGAUUAAGAACAGUAAAGUAUUUUAGACACCAUCUGCUUAGUCUGAGUUUUCUCAUUUACAAAAUAACUGGCUCUACUAGAGGAGACAGUGAGAGAGGGGCUUUGUGAACCUUAAAAACCCAAAGAAUAUGCGAUUUUUUUUUUUUUAAUUGCAGAUAAGUAAACAGAGAUUCAGCGAAGUUACUGAGCCAACCCUAGGCCAUAUUAACUCCCCUCUCCCAUCUCACCACACUCCCCCAGGUAGAGGAGUAGAAAAAGAGCCUUCCACCCUGCUGCCUCUUUCCCUCCGCUCAGCCUUCUCAGGCCGCCCGAACUACAGCCAUAUCAGCUGAGAACUGGGAGGCCGCCCCGCUUCUCUCCGCCCCCGUCAGAUCGCAGACUAAUGAAUAGAAAUGGAUUUUGUUUACCCUACGCAGGCAUUUCAGGGAGACAGAAGAGGAUUUCAGCAAAGGCCAUCUCAAUGAUUAUCUGGAGCGGGCGGGGAGUAGAAGAAUUAGAAUCGUGGUAGGGGGUAGGGAAAAGCAGAAUUUCAACACAGUCUCCUUUAAGACAAGCUCCAACUCUACCUUUUCAAUCCUGUCCCAGGCCUAUUUUGUACCUGUAUUUUCAAAGCGCUUUACAGCUUUCUGAUUGGUUGAGUGGGGGAGGGGCCGAAACAUCCAUUCUCUCGCAGCAGUAACUUGAACCUGCCGGGAGAGAGCAGGGGAGGGGAGCUUUGGGGCACGGGAGGGAGGAGGCAACCACAACCUGAAAAGACUCAACCAUCUAGGCGUCCUCCCCCCGAGCUCAUCCCGCCCCUCCCACACCCCCUCGGAAUCACCCAAUCGGACUGGUGUAGGGUGGGAGCCCAGCUCUUCUCCACCUCUGGCUUGGCGCCCGGUCCGGAGGACUCUAGGCGAGGUACUGGUGGAGUGGGGGAGGUUACAAGGUGGGCUGGUCAGCGCUUCUCUCCGCCUCCUUUCCUUCAAUCCUCCCUCCCCCCUCACCCCAGUUCUCCCGCAGGCAGGCGGGCGAAGCCGGAGCUGUUACGUUCGCUCCUCCCUCCCAGGGUAGGUGGGGCUGCCUCGGGCUCCGAGAGCCGGGGUUGGGGGGAAGGGGGGAGGGGUCUUUCUGUCUCGGUCUCCUCCUCCUCCUCCGGACCAUAGAGCCGAACGCUUAGCCACCGCGAGCGGGCUCCCUGUGCAUUGAGUCGAGCCAACCAGAAGGAAGACAAGCUAGUGUAGGGGCGAAGCUGAAGCCAAAGGCGGGGGCAGUGCGCGAGCUGUGCGGGGACCUGGGUGCAGCCGUGCGUUGUUUGGUGGGGCAAGGGCAAGGCAGCCACAUCGAAGCAGAUGGCGAGUAGGAACUGGCCCGGUGAGGGUCUCCCUCGGCCGCGGGGCCAUUGAGACUUGCCAGAUGCCGGAGCCUUUCUCUAGGACUGACUACCUAGUUCUUUGCUCGGGGAAGUGAAAUUUCUCCACCUCUUGCUCGGAGCGAGACGACCGCCCAGAGUCCCAGGUGCACUUUGGAGAGGAGCGGAGAGUCGAGCGCCCAAGUCCUGAUUGUCUAAAGAGAACAGGCUGCUGUGCAGUCCGGAGUCCAGCAGGUGCCGGCUCUUGCUCUCACCCCGCCUCCGGGCCGGGGGAAGGAGCGCUGGGGGAGUCUGUCUGCCUUUCCCACCCAAAGCAGAGGUGUUCUUUGGUGCCAGUGUAUUAGAACAGGAGAAUAGCACAACUUAGCGGAGAUGCACCGGGGAUCUGGGAGCUAAUACAAGGAGAGAGAGCGAGAGACAGAGAGAGGGGAGGAGGAGGAAAAAAGUCACUUGUCUCCUCCUCCCCACCUGAAGGUGUCCAGAGCCUCCCUCUCGGGACCGAGAUGGCUAAAAACACGUCGGAAGGGUCGGGUAAGGAAGAUCUGAGCAAGGUUCCAGACGAAGAGCUGCUACGCUGGAGCAAAGAGGAGCUGGCUCGUCGGCUGCGGCGGGCAGAGGGCGAGAAGAUGGGCCUCAUGGUGGAACACGGGAACCUGAUGAAGGACGUAAACCGGAGGCUGCAGUUGCACCUCCACGAGAUCCGCAGCCUCAAGGAGGUCAAUCAGAAACUGCAGGACGACAACCACGAGCUGCGGGAGCUCUGUUGCUUUCUGGACGACGACCGGCAAAAAGGCAAGAAGCUGUCGCGCGAGUGGCAGCGCUUCGGUCGCCACACGGCCGGCGUGCUGUGGAAGGAGGUGGCCCUGUCCCAGCAGAAGCUGCGCGAGUUGGAGGCCCGCCAGGAGGCCCUGGUGCGGGAGAAUCUGGAGCUCAAGGAGAUCGUGCUCAUGCUGGACGAAGAGCGCAGCGGCGCCGGCUCCCGUAGCUCCAUCGACAGCCAGGCUAGUCUCACCAACCUGGCGGGGGGCGCCGGCGGUGCGGGGCCCCGCGAUGUGGGCGAUGGCAGCAGCACAUCUAGUACGGGCAGCGGCGGCAGUCCAGACCACCACCACCACCCGCUGCACCCUCACGGGCACCUGCCGCCGCCAGGCCCCCAGCAGCAGCAGCAACCCGCUGCCCCUGCGCCCCCUCUUCACAAAGCGGCGGACGCCAAGGCCGGCGCCACCCGAAGAUCCUUGGACGACCUGUCCGCGCCCCUGCACCAUCGGAGCAUCUCCAAUGGACUCAACGACUCCUCUUGCAAUUACAUCAGACAAUUGGAAACAAAGGUGAAACUGCUUGAGGAUGACAACAAGCUUCUCUCUCAGCAGUCCAGUUCUGGGGACUUCAGGACUCUUCGGAAGGGGCUGUCUCCAUAUCACUCAGAGUCACAGUUAUCAUCGUUGCCGCAGUACCAGGAUGCCCUGCAGAACGGUCCUGCUCACAUGACAGCCGAGCUUUCUUCUUCCCCUGCAGUGGGCUAUGUCCCUAUGGGACAGAAACCUGAGGCAGUAGUGCAUGCUAUGAAGGUCUUGGAAGUUCAUGAAAACCUGGACAGGCAGAUACAGGACAGUUAUGAAGAAGACCUGAGCGAAAAGGAGAAAGCAAUCGUCCGUGAAAUGUGCAAUGUUGUAUGGAGAAAGCUUGGAGAUGCAGCAAGUUCCAAACCUUCCAUCCGACAGCACCUUUCAGGAAACCAGUUCAAGGGGCCCUUGUAGGAGUUUUACUCUGAAGACUGGGAAUGAGUGUAUAGGAGGAACGACUUCUUAGGAAUGGGACAAUGAGAGAUGCAUAAGAGAGAGGGACCUCUCACUCUCUGGCUGCCAGAAUUAUUUUUGUGGUGUUCUUUGUAAAUAUGGCAGCUUUGGCCUACUGUUCUCUUGAGGUCCUGGAAUGGCUUUUCACUGGGGAAGCAAUCCUUUUCCAUAUACUGAAAAUAGACUCCUGAUCAUCCUGUUUCAGAAAUACCCAAUUGAAGAGGUUUUGGUGGCCAAUAAAGCCCCUCUCAUCUGCUUGAAUAUAUGGCUAGCUUUUCCCCAUAUUUGUUACUAAAAUGGCUUUUUCAAGAGGAAAUUAGAAUGACAUGCAAAUUCCUGGUUGGAUUUUUCAAAACAUAGCCUAGAAGUUCCACUUUCCUUUUGGGGGGUUGUCAGCCAUAUAGUUCCUGGGAUCAUGGUGGUAUGGAGGGGGGGAAUGACCAAUUUUUGAUAAGUCUAGUUUCUGUUCUUAGAAUCCCCUAUGGGAAAAGACCCUCGAGAUAUCAGAAGAUUCAUUUCAUCCUGUCUCAUACUUAAUCCAACCCAGAAAGAAACUAAUGAAAUUUGGGGCUUAUUUUGGUUCCUUUACUUACUUCAGAAUAAAAGUUAUCAUGUGAUUUUUCUCCCCCAUGUGAAUAACUUUCCUUAUGAUACUAUGGACCAGAAUACCAGUUCAUGCUGAACAUUUAUAUCUUGAUAAAUAUGACCUAGUAUCAACGGUGGCCAAUUCUCACAAUCCACCAGUUUUCUUUUCAUAGUCCAGGUCCUUUCUGCCAUGAGCCAGGGAUAGUUGUUUUUUUUUUUUUUUUUUUUUGAAAUCUGAGAUUGAGUCCUAUAAGGCAAGUAUAAAAAAAAAAAGUUCAGCCCUCCCAUCAGGGCCUGAAGUGCUCUGUGAAAACACUGAGGAAUUAGUUCUCAGCUGCUCUUUAGUAUAAGUCAAUGCAAAGACCAAAAUGAGUCUUUCCUUUUUUCUAGUCUACUUUUUCUCCCCACUUAAGUCUUGCUGAGAACUUCAGGUAUCCAAGAAUUUCAUAAUGUAAAUUUUUUUCCUUCCUACACUUUCCACAUAGGAGUUCAUUAGUUUGCUGUGGUUUAUUCCUGGGUGGCCCAGACUUUAGUGAUAAGGCUCUCCAGAAAGUGAAUAUUCUUUAGAUGAAAUAAAAUUCUUUUCUUGGGCCCUUCGUGGAAGCUUUUCUUGCUUGAAAGGACUUGACAAGUCUCAUAUUCUGCUGACAAAAAAGACUUUGAGAAUCUAGAUUCUUAUCAGUUCAUUAUAAAUGGAUGUUUAUAAAAUCUUGAGGGUUUUUGUUCUUCAUUGAAUUGCUUCUUGUUAGGGUUCAUGAUGAUUUUACAUCACAGGCUACCUUCUUUCCAAUUCAGGGAUGUUUUAGUUCAAUUUAAUUGAAAGAAGGGAAAACAAAUGGAGAGGUCUGCAGAAAGUAAACAUUGCUAUCUCAGAAAUAUCCUUUGCUUAUUUACACACACAUACACAUUUUAGAGUUGGGACUUCAAAAACCAGCCCUUGACAAGUGGGCAUUUGAUUUUUGCUUAAAGAUCUCCAGUGGUAGAGGAAACCAACUAAUUCCUAAUUUCACUUUGGGACAAAUAGCUCUAAUUACUGGGAAGCUGUCCCCUCAUAUCAAGCCUAAAUUUACCUCUAAUUGCAAUUUCUAGCCAUUGCUCCUAGUAAUGAUCUCUGUGGCAAAAUAUAAUGAAUCAAAUAUUUCUAUGUUAUAUAGCCCUUUAAGUAUUUGAAGGCAGCUGUCAAAUCUCUCCUAGAAUCUCCUUAGAUUCAUGCUUCUAUGGAUUGGACACAAGAACUUUUGUCAUUCUAGUUGCACUUAUUCUUUCCCCUCAUCUUUUCCUUCCCCUUCCCAGUUUCUCCACAUCCUUUCUAAAAUGUAGUGAAGAAAAUUGAAGACCAUUCUUUAGGUGUGAUCCAACCAGAGCCAAAAAAAAAAAAAAAAUCACUUUAUUCCACAAAUUCUGCCUUCAUACACAGCACAAGAAAACAGCUCUCCUUGGCUGCCACAUACUGUCGACUCAUAUUGAGCAUGGAUUUUUAAAAAUUCCUAGACCUUUUCUAAUGAAUGAAUCUGACCCAAUCUUGUAUUUGUGGCUUUUUGGAACUUGUGUAAGCCUUUACAUUUAUCCUUUAUAGCAUCUCUAGAGUUGGUCUGAUUUUCUAACCUUGCAAAGUUGAUAAGGAUGCCAUCUCCACUUAUCUAAAUCUUUGACAAAAACUAUUAUAGUUCAGGCAUAUAUCCCUGAUCCUAUGAAGUUCAUAUGGAAUUAUUGGUAUACUGACCAUGAACCAUUUAUCCAUUUCUGAAUCAAUUUAAUAGCGCUAUCAUCUAUUCAGUAUUUCUCCAGAUACUUUAUAUUGCAUUGCUAAAAUUUAGGUAAACUAUUGUUUCCCCAAUGUACCAUUUAAUAACUAUGUUGAAAAACACGUUUGGUAUGAAAUGUUAUUUUUGACCUUUUAAUUCUAGGAAUGAAUUAAUGGAUUUGAAAGCAGAGCCAGAGCUGACCUAAGCUGACUAGAGUCAGGAAGUAAUUUUCCAAAGUCAAAGAAAAUUAAGGCACUGCCCAAGGACCACCUGGAUAAGAAGACUGGCACUUAACUAUUGGGAUAUCAGAUCUGACCCUCUAGUAUAAUGGAAAGAGUACCGAAUUGGGAAUUCAUAGAUCUGUAUUCCAGUCUUUCCUCAGUUAUUAUGUGGUCUUAGCUAAGUUAAUUCUCUCUAGGGCUAUUUUGUCUUGAAUCAUUUAUCUCAUUCAUACAGAUGAGAAUCAAAUGAGAUAAUGGACAUAAAAAGGCUUGCAAAAUUGAAGAUUCCACAAAAUGAUAUUUUUCUGGAAGGUGGAAAAUGUUAAGAUUAGUCAUGUCAAUGGUUUCCUCAUUUGUACAGUGGGGAGGUUGGACUAUAUAUUUCAGCCCUAGGUUCUAGAUUUCUAAAUCUAAAGUCUUGAUUCAUUGAUGGCCCAGUAGUUUUAGUUCAGUCAUUUCCAAUGAGUUAUAGGACAAAUGAUAAUUUUUUUUUUUUUUAAGUUUCCUUUUGUUUACUAAAGGGGAAAUACAGCUCUCUCCUGAAUCAUUUUUCUCUUUCAACAUCAUAUGGUGAUCUGAAUUCCCUUCCUUAAAAAUUGAGAUAGUAUAGUACAUGAAUUUCCUCUUAAAGCCAGCAAGAUGUAACCCUGGAUACAUCUCUUAACUUUCCAGUUCUCUAAAGCUAUAAAAGUUGUGGCAAAGUAUUAAGUUGGUAGUGGGAAUUUCCUAUACCAAAGGUUCAGUUCCAUUCCCUACAUUAUCUUUAAAAAUUCACUUUUAAAAAAUACUGAAACCAAUCUUCAUUUGUUCAUGGGAUAUGAUUAUGAGAUGUUAUCCCUUCCACUCAGUGGUUUCCCUCAUUUGUAUGACUUCUUUCAAUCAUCUUGGGGCUUUUGAGUAAUAAUGAAGACUUAACACUAUUAAUUCAAUCUUGAGAUGCAAAUACAGUUUGUAAGUAUAAAGUACAUUUUUGUAAUAGUUGUAAAAGUUAUGAGGAAGAUUUCAUAUCUUUAUAAAGACUUCUGAACAUAAUGGCCUUGAAGAGAGUCCUUUAUUGGAUGUGAGUGACCCCUUCUAACAAGGUUCAAUUUUUCUCCACACUGCAAACCUGCAAAUGAGAGAAAUUCAGUUUGAUAAGAGACAAUCGACAUCUCUGAUGUGUAUUUGGAAAUGAUUUGGCUAAGACAACUCCACAAAGCAGCAAUAAUCACACUGAUUUGAUCCAUAAAUCCAAAAUCAAAUAGUUACUGUUACAAGUAUCUUUUAGCUCAAGACUUUUUGCUAACGUGGUUUCCAAACUGGGGUACAAGUUAUGAAGCAGUUCUCCCACAGAAUCACACCUUUUUGGCAGCACCCUGGCAUGUAAAUUUAGUCUCUUUAUUAAUUUGGCAUCAGCAUCAAAACCAGAAAGAAACUUUAGCUUCUGAGUGGAAGGUGGCACUAAAUAAAGUUCCCAAAUAAAAUAGAAGCUAUUGUUUCCUCUAUGGACUUUUAAGUUUCAAAUUUUAUUUGGGGGACACAAGAAAUUUUAUUAAGAAUCUAAGAUAUAACUCUGUCAAAGUACAAAGUGGCAUAAGUCUAGAAAUGGAAACAAACACCUGAAUACCAAUGAAUCUUUAAGCCUAGAUUCUAGUUGUCCUUAAUCUUAAGUCUUUCCUGUCUUCCAGAGCAAUUUAACAACUUUUCUGAAGUUUCAUUAAAACACCUGUACUGCAGUGCUUACUGCUACACUAUGCUGGGGUGACCCAUUAGACCUCAGAAUCCAAAUCUGUUGAGCACAAGGCAGCACAUUCUAAUUCAAAUGUCAUUAGGAUGUUUCAGUGUUUAAACAAAAGGAAAGUGACCUUUCAUAUUUUUUGAACUGGUGAAAUUAAGAAUGAUACUGAUGAUACUACUGAAUGAUACUACAUAAAGUGUGUGACUACAAAAAACUUUUUCAUAAAGUGGGGGGUCUUUGCGCUGCUCUGUGGAAAUCUGCUGGCAAAUGUAUGAUUUCUGUAUAGCCUGUGACCUGACAGUGCCCCACUUAUCCCACCCCCCAUUUUCCGUAGACUGUGAUUUACAUGAGAACUGGAACAGUUAUGUUCCUACUGUUUUGUGUACAGAGCAAAAAGCCCUUUAGACUUUUAGCACGGAUUUUUACCUUUUAUUGAAACCUUUGAUUUUCUUGGGAGGAAAAUAGUUUUUGAAUAAUGUGUGGUUAAAAACAUUGAUUUGAAAUAUUUUAGUAAAAUGAAGUCAGAGAUACGAUUGUGAUAGUGUAUACUUGCAGUUAAAUGAAAUAAACUUCUUUGUAAUCAA